AUGGCACCUUUGGACUGUCUGCCUAGCAAGUGCUAUACGCUAACUCUUCCCCAGAGUGCGGAUGCUCGAGACAGGCUGGAUUGUCGAACUGGUGCUUCGUCUCUGCUUUCAAAGUCUCGUAUCGUCGUUCACGGAGGUCUGACUUUGGGACUGGAACUUGAGUCCAUAACCAUAGCAAAUAUAAAUGAGGCACUGUCAAAACAACUUCCAUCAUCCUUAGAGAUCAAUAAUUCCCUUUUGUCAAAUACAGUGUUCGAAUUGAAUAUCCCAGAACGCAAAUGGGAGACUGUCCGAGUAGAUGAAGAUGUCGGACAUACCAGCAGACCGGCCCCAAGAAUGUUUCAUACUAUUUGUCUCCACAACCAUGCUAUAUAUGUCCAUGGAGGACUUGUUCUUGAUGAGCAAAAGCAAUUCACUCCAUCAAACGAGCUCUGGAGAUUCGACCUUUAUCGUAAAACUUGGUCCUGUUUGCUUGCGUCUAAUGAUGAUGAUGAUAGCAUGUUUGAUCAGUCAUCUUUGCCCCGAUUCAAUCACAAGAUGAUUCGACUCAAAGACCUAAGUGUUAUUGGUGAGCCAACUCACCAUGGUUUUCUCAUAGUCGGAGGUCUAAACGCCCUUGACGAAAGAAUCUACAGUUUGGAGGUUUAUGAUAUUGUUUCAGGUAUAUGGAAAAUGCUUCCUGGACUACCAGUUAAUGACAGACUAGCAACUAUAUCGUCAAAGCCAAUUUCUCCACUGGAUUCCAGUCCUUCAUCCCGCCAAGCACAUUCCAAAUCCUAUUUAUCUUACACCCAUUCAGAAAAUGCCAUAUUCUCCAGUCCUAUUGACGUGGACAAUCCCUUGUCUGUAGAAAAGUUAGCAGUCCUUACAAGGGUCGAUCCAGGUGCACAGUUAAAUCCCAUCUUAUCAUACUCAUUGAACGAUACAGAGCCUAGAGGGUCAAGAUUAUUGCUCAACAGAGAGCACCAUACAGACCCAUUUGACCCAUCAAUUCCCAAACAAUUGCGAUAUCCCGAAGGAGAAAGCUUUGGUGAGAAUUUAGUCAUUAUGGGCUUCCUCCCUGGGGAUUUAAAUAUUUCCAUCUUUGUUUAUAGCAAGUCCUCGGCAAAGUGGUCACGGUUAAACGUCUUCUGUGAGCACUCUACUUGGUCACAUCGGUUUUCCAAAGGUUAUUUGUGGGCCUCUCACCAUAAAAUUAUUCUUUUAGGAAAUGAGAAAACAACCAGAACUUCUCCAAGCAUUCAGUUCUUUAACCUAUUUGUGGCUAUUUCUUUGCCAGUCACCAAUUCAUUUAGCUCACUGAUCGAUGAACAACUGUCCAAGAAUUACUUAAGUGCCAACAACUUUAUCAGCACUUCUGAUGACUUCAGGGAUUCGCCUGAGGAUCCCAACAACGUAUUCAACGAAUAUUCAAAGUAUGCUGCCCCGGCAGUAAAUAUGACCUCUAUCAAAUCAGUCUUUCCUCCUGCUGCCGUCACUGUAGGUAAGAUCGCUUUUGCCACAACUGAUGAAUUAUCCGACUUUCAGUUAAUAACCGAUGAGGGAGAUCGUAUUUGCAUCCCACUGAACGUAUGCAUGAAACGAUGGGGAAUGUUCUUCAGGAGGGCAAUUUGCAAGGGAUACGUUGAAGCCAUAUACGAAUUUGCUAAGACCGCCACCGAGGAUGACAUGUUGUUGUUUAAAAAGGAGUUUUACACCCAAGGUCGAACAGAGAGACACUCUGUGAAUUCGUCUAUCUUCCCAUCCUCUGACGUAUCAAGUCAAGAUAACUUGCGUCUUAAAAAAGACACUGGGAGACCUGAGUUUCGAUUGCCCUUUCAGAAACAUGAGAUCCUUUCCAACAAAGGUACACCACAGUCGUCUACUAACAACUCACGCAAGAACUCUGUCAUGUCUUAUGAUUCUAGUACUAGCAAUAGUUCUGGCAUUGACAUCAAGCUCUUCGAAAGUUCGGCUAUUCCAAUUCAGUUGCCUCCACCGCAGGAGCCGCUCCCGGCUCCUAUGGGUCGUAGAAAAUCUGCCUCCUUUUUCGAGUCGGAGAAGAAUAUAUUUGGCCCGAAAACGCCAACUCUUCCUCAUAGUAGGACACACUCUCCUGCAUCUUCUCCCAAGAGCUCACCGCGCGGGUCGUUGGUGCAUUCGAAUAGGGAUGGAUUGAUGCCUAGUGUGGGCAAUGAAUCAUUACAAGAGACAGAAGAGCAAAAAGGUCACGUUUCUGAUGCACCCCCACCCUGGGAGCAUAAAGGUUCUAGCCCCCAGCUCGACGAAGGCGAUGAUAUUGCUUCUGCUCCUGCUGGGUCACCGGAAUCCAUCGUCCAAGAUGCAAUCAAACUUGCUAUUGACUCGAUAGAGGUCGAAAAUUAUGAUUUUUCGACGUUGCAGCCUUUCCUGUUUACUUGGGCAAUUCCUCGUUCGCUUUACCUGCCAUUUCCAACGAAAACUGUGAAAGCUUUUUCAGAGUUUUUAUACACUGGACAAGUUGGAGCAACUUGGGAGUUGGUGCCUACAGCACUUGACGUUCUGUUGGUGGCAAAGUUCUAUGAGGUUCCCCUCUUGUAUGACUUGAUUUUAGAAACGUUGUACCGUAUUCUUUCUCGCAAGGAGGUACAACUUGUUAAAGAGGCUCAAAAGCUCAAGAACGAGUAUGUCGAUGUGAUGAGUGUGAAUCGUGGUUACAUUGUGGACCCGCCUCCUAUUCCCAGCAUCGACGAGUUCACUGAGUUUUUGACCAAGUCUGACGACGGCUUUACUGAUCUUAGUCUUUUGAAAAGGGCAUCCAAAGCUAGCAGAAUGAUGAGCGAUAGUCGCGGAUCUAGCCGCGGAUCUAGCCGCAAGUCUUCCCUAUCAUUCACGCAGUUGGCCGCCUUUAAAGAGAAAAGAAGGGAAGAGAAGGACGGGGAGACGGAGGAAGGGGUAGAUAGUGAAGAACUAGCAGACGAAGAGGAAGUGGAUGAUGAUGAGCGAGAGAGUGUGGCUGAUUUGAGCGAGAUAGAGGCGAAGGAGGAGGAGGGCGAGGAGGAGAGAGAAGAGGAAAAGGAAGAAGAGGAAGAAGAGGAGGAAGAGGAGGAAGAGGAGGAAGAGGAGGAGAAAGAAGAAGAGGAUUCAGACGAUAGUACUUUCGAAGAUAUCAAAGCCUACCAUUUAGACGACUCAAGCAACGAAGAUAUUGAUGAUGGUUCUAGCCCUCUACAUGAUGUGUUGGCUUUUGCUCAGUCUAAGAAACAAAGACCAGAAAGCCUUAAAGACUCGAGCGCUAGUGGACUCUCCAAUAGUUCAGACAGCGGAAAAGAAAGUGAUAGCAAUGAUGGUCCUUCUUCACAACAGUCGCCAGAAGAGUACCUCGGAACUAAAGAUAAUGUGGACAAAGUGAAAGCUGGAAUCAACCCCACUCCCACCCUAGAAUCUACAACGAGAUCAGCAGAUGCAGUUCCUGUCAGUAUUAUAGACUAUAUUUACGAAGCUGCUGUCUUAGGCAAUGAUUUACGUUUGCUAUUACGGGCGUUGAAUGUUAGAUACAUGAUUAAAGGAUUUGAAACGGAGAAACCAUCUAUCAAAAGGAAGAUUGAACAAACUAGAAAAGAGACUGCAGCACGGCAGGAAGAGCAACUGGAACAGGGUACCCUCCUCCCUCACCCUCACCUUAGAGGCCAAUCGUCUCCCUUUGCACAUUACCAACCUUCAGAGGAUGAAGAAGCCUUACAGGGAAAUGUUAAUCCACACGAAGGCACUGAACGGUGGGAAAGUAGCCUUAAGCCAACCUUUUCCAUCAAGUCUUCAGCUCGAUUGCCUCUUGCAACCAAAUCUAAUGUGGGUCCACGAGCUGUUCUUAGAAAAGCUCACUCAAUGGCCAACAUCAACCCAGUAGAGCCUCCGAAAAUUUUGAAGAGAUCAUUUUUCAAGAAGAAUUCCAACUCAUAA